GUCACCAAGGUCGAUCCGGUGCGAACUGGAGAAGCGCCGCUCCGAUAUGGAAAGUUUUAGCAGGCCAGACCAAAAAUCGGCUAGCAGCUGGGUAAUGAAAGACGACACAUUGCUUUAACUGUGCAAUUCAUUUGAAAUAACCAGCCAUUGUUGUAGUAGAGUCAUGGAGGGUUCCCAAGAGGUGCUUGUGGAUGAACCCAGUGAACCACAGAAGAACACCAGGUUUCAGGUUCAAACUGUGGACACUGAUGACAGUCAGCAGCGCCUGGCAGUUCCACGAUGGACUCCGAACGUCCCGCCUUCUCCAACCGGCGCCAGGGACAGAACCGAGUCGGACACUUCUCAGAACCCCUUUGUGGACGUAGAAGAAGGCCCAAACGCCGUGAAGUUUUCCGAUAACGUUAAGGAAGAUGCGCCGCCUUCGGAUAGCCCCAAAGAGCCGCGAGAGUUUCGCUUGAAGGCGUGCGUUUUCUUUCUGGCCGUGCUGAUCAUAGGAGGGGUCAUCACGAUCUGGUACUUCUAUGAGGAGCCAGAACUGGAAGCCGACAUCGGCCACACCUACAGACUGUUCGAGAAGACCAAACUGUUUUCUUUGGAGAAUCGGCGGGGAAAGAAGAUCCUAGACGGCCGUGUAGGCGUGCACCUUCCGGACCACGUCGUUCCGUACUGGUGCGGGGGGAAGAAUACUGUCUGUCUGGAGUGGAAAACCUUCGCAAAGGUGCACAUAACGUCUAGGUCCGUUAAUGAUGCAGUGGAAUGUUACCGUAUAGUCUGGGAGAUUUAUAAGCCAACCUUGGCCCCAGAGGAUUGCUUGAACAUGCUACCAGGACACUGGUAUGGAGGGGGAGAGAUGGACACACAGGAGUGGCCGUUAGAGAAAGGAAACAGAACCACAGUACCAUUCGUGUCCUCAGAUCUGAGAAUGGAGCCAGAAGGGUUUGGGUCCAUCCUGGAGCGCUACUUUCUGUCGUCUACGGGAGUUGCGGUUGUCGUCGACGACAAGGUCCCUCUACACGUGGGGAUCAGCAACGAAAAACUGUGUUUAAAGGCGUGGUAUGACAGGUCGCCAUUUCCCGAUCCCAAGAACGCACAACCCAUGCUUAACUACAGUCUCUGUGUUGGUUCUGAUGUAAAAGCUGUGCACAAGUAUGUGUUAGACAAUAUCUUGCCAAGAGUAAACACCACAAAGUCCGUACAACCAGACACAACACUGAUGCAGUCCCCUAGAUGGGCCACAUGGCCGUACCUAAAGUCAAGCACGAACCAAACGACUGUCACCAACUAUGCAACCGGUAUUGUAAACAACAAUCUCACUCACAGUGUGAUUGAAAUCGGCGAUGGUUACUCCACGAAGUAUGGCGAUUUUGACUUUGAUCCAAGCAAAUUUCCCGACCCUGUUGGUAUGAUAGGACAACUGAAACAGGAACAGUUUAAAGUCAGUUUAUGGAUACAUCCAUUUGCAAACUAUGAUUCUAUGACUUUUGUUGAAGGUCUCAGAGAAGGCCAUUGGGUUAACAGUGCAAAGGGAAAUGCCCCAGGGAUUGUUAAAUGGUGGAACGGUUAUGGGACUGUUAUUGACGUGACCAGUAGAGAUGCCCAGAUGUGGUUUAUUGGUAAAAUCAGAAGCCUCUUGCAGAGUUCUGGGUGUGAUGGUGUGUACUUUGAUGGCGGGGAAGUCAGUUACCUUCCUGCAGGGUUUGUAACAGAGUCAGAGCUUGUGGUACCAGACGAGUAUGCCACGCUGUAUGUUAGCAAAUAGCUGCUGAAUUUGGUCCAAGC